CCAGAGAGGGAAUGAUGGCGGCGGUGACCAGAGGCUCCUUCACUAUGUUCAGACGGCUGCUCAGUCAGCAGUACCGCCGCCGAUGUUUCCGGCUGCAGAACUUCAGAUCUGACAGAGCGCUGCAGCCGCUCGCCUUCAGAUGUGACAGAAACCUCCAGACAUUCAGCAGCAGGACGCUCUACACCGCCGUCGUGAGUCGAGGACCGGUCGUCCAAUUCAAACUGUCGGACAUCGGAGAGGGAAUCAUGGAAGUGACGGUGAAGGAGUGGUACGUGAAGGAGGGCGAUAAGGUGUCUCAGUUCGACAGUAUCUGUGAGGUUCAGAGCGACAAGGCGUCGGUCACCAUCACGAGCCGCUACGAUGGAGUCAUCAAAAAACUGUACUAUGACGUCGAUGCCACCGCGUUAGUGGGCAAACCUCUGGUCGACAUUGAGACAGAGUUCAGCUCAGAGGUCAUCCAGGAGGAGGACGUGGUGGAGACGCCGGCCAUGGCUCGAGAAGAACACACCCACCAGGAGAUCAAAGGUCACAAGACCCAGGCCACACCCGCUGUCAGACGCCUCGCCAUGGAGAACAAUAUUAAGCUCAGUGAGGUUGUGGGGACGGGUAAAGACGGACGGAUCCUGAAGGAGGACAUCUUGAACUACCUGGCGAAGCAGACGGGCGCCAUCCUACCUCCGACCCUGUUUCAGGAGAUCCAGCCUCCACCUCCGGCCCCCGCUGCAGCCGCCAGGCCCGUGAGCACUCCGGCAGCUGUCAAACCUUCACCCGCAACACCCAGACCCGUCUUCACCGGCAAGGACGUCACAGAGCCCCUCAAAGGUUUCCACAAAGCGAUGGUGAAGACAAUGACGGCGGCGCUGAAGAUUCCUCACUUUGGUUACUGUGAUGAAGUCGACCUGAGUCGUCUGGUGUCUCUGAGAGCUGAACUCAAGUCUGUCACUGAAGGUCGAGGCAUCAAACUGAGCUACAUGCCGUUCUUCAUCAAGGCUGCCUCCCUCAGCCUCCUGCACUUUCCGAUCCUCAACGCCUCGGUGGACGAAGGCUGCCAGAACAUCACGUACAAGGCGUCUCAUAACAUCGGCCUGGCGAUGGACACCAGUCAGGGUCUGCUGGUUCCUAACGUGAAAAACGUUCAGCUGCUCAGCGUGUUCGAGAUCGCUCAGGAGUUAAACCGCCUGCAGACGCUCGGCGCCGCGGGUCAGCUGGGAACCGCCGAUCUCAGCGGAGGAACGUUCACCCUGUCCAACAUCGGAUCGAUCGGAGGGACGUACGCUAAGCCCGUCAUUCUUCCUCCUGAAGUCGCCAUCGGAGCUCUGGGAAAAAUCCAGGUCCUCCCCCGGUUUGACGCCGGUGGUCAGGUGGUCCGAGCUCACAUCAUGAACGUCAGCUGGUCGGCAGAUCAUCGCAUCAUAGACGGAGCCACCAUGUGUCGCUUCUCCAACCUGUGGAGGGAGUACCUGGAGAACCCGGCCAACAUGGUGCUGGACCUCAAAUAAACAGGGACAGGAAUAUUUCCCAUCAGCCCCAGAGAGGACGAGAUGCCACACUAACAGACCCUCUCUCCUCCCGCCACCUUUGCUUCCUCUUUCUGUUCGAGGCCUUCCUGUUCGCUCGCUGUCGUUUCCUUGUUGCCUUUGAGCAAGAUGCCGGGAGGAGGGGUCAGCCUGUCAAUCAUGUGUUUCCAUGCCAACCAAUAACACACACAGAGUGAAGGCCGGAGGUGCUGAAGCAGGUUCAGCUCUUCACUCAUCUGGACUUCAUGUGGUUUAGAUUUAGACAGGAUCAGACGGAGAGUUUGAUGUUCAUGUUUCAGAAAAUUCAUUUGAAUCAUUGAUGAUCCCGAGGACGAUGGAUUCUUCCUCUCAGCUACCAGACCACCUGAAAACAGGUUGAAGCUGUAUGUUACUGAUCAGAUUCUCAAAGGCAGUGAUGUGACUGAUGGUCCUGUGGUCAACCUGCAGACCAGAAGUUCUCGUUACGUCACAUUUUGGUCUGUAUUUGAAUAUUUUAAAGUGAAUCUGCUGCCGUUUGGGUUAUUGACCCAUUUUUAGAUUAGAUUUAGUGGCCUGGACAGGUCUGAAGUUCAGACUCCUGCUGCUGCUCAGCUGCGCUCUGAUUGGCUGAUUCAUCUGACAUUAAUGCGCAUCACAUGGGCGGGGUCAGAACACUUCAGGUGAAGGGAAGUGAUGCGAACAAUUGUGAUGACGCGGUUUUAUUCAUCGUCCUGAGAGCUUUGAACAGCAGCCGGAGCUUCUGAAGGUUCGACCGUCAGGACUCUCAUCGAUCAUGGAAAUCCUGAUCACGACCGAUCGAUGCUGUUUGUCUGAUCUGGUUCGUUACUGCUGAACAACAGAACACGGUGAAGAACCGAGUCGAGUAAAUGUCGUCUCCUCUGGUUCAGAAGAACACGUCAGAUUGUCAAACUUUUGUUUUUAUUGUCGUUAAUUGAUCGUUUUCCUUCGUCUGCCCAAACUGUUGAACGAGCUGAAGAUCAAUAAUCAGAGUUCAACUGUUCACAUACACACAGGUGGACCUGUCCUCUGACCUGUCCUCUGACCUGUCCUCUGUGGACCAGAUCUGACCUGUCUCUACCUGUCCUCUCUGUGGACCAGAUCUGACCUGUACCUGUCCUCUCUGUGGACCAGAUCUGACCCGUCUCUACCUGUCCUCUGUGGACCAGAUCUGACCCGUCUUUACUUGACCUCUCAUAUUUAACAGCUAUCGACUAGAAGUCCCCUCUGGAUCUGGAUCUGGAUCUGUUUCUGAUACCAGGUCACAUCCUUCAUGACAGAAGCAGCAGGGUUCAGGCCAACGAGUGAAGUCUGCUUGCUGCUGGUGUAGAUCUGAUCAUGGUUGUGGUCUUCAGUUUACUGUUUUGAUGCAGAUCCAACACCUGGUGACUCCCACAGAGCCUCUGUAUAAUCUGGUGAUCUGUAGGUAUCAGACUGACCCAGGAUCAGGUCUUCAUCCCGGCAUCAUGUGGAGAGAACGUGUGUUCAGGUGAUGGUGAUCAGCAUCCGAAUGUUUCGGUUCUUUGGGGGGCGGGGCUUCUUCGGUGCUGGGGGCUGCUGGGGGCUGCUGGGUAAAGAGCACAUGGUGUUGGUUGGAUGUUACAUGACUGUUUGUCUCACGUCUUUAAACGACUUUUCCUGCUUUGUGUUUUUGUUUUUAGCGAUGUGUGACAGCAAACUGUGGGUUUUGUAUUUUGGGGACACGUAGAUCCGUUAAUUGAAAUAAUUCAGUCAUGAACAGUUUGAACCUGGUGAAUAACUUUGAAUAAAGUUGAAGUGCACAAAC